GUCAAAUCGUGCAGCAUGCCAUGUGCAUUGACACCAUUUCAGUUGAUGCGUUCCGGGUAUAAAUACGAGGUCGGGGCGCUAUCCGAACCACUUUUCGGGGAACAUCCACUGCCACCGACAAUGAGGGUCUUCGUUUGUCUUCUGUCGGCGCUCGUGCUUUGCCAAGCUUACGAUUAUGGCGAAGUAAUUCGCGAUUCGCUGCUGUUCUAUGAGGCACAGCGAUCGGGGAAAUUGCCGGCUGAUCAGAAGGUCACGUGGAGGAAGGACUCAGCCCUCAAUGACAAAGGGCAGAAGGGCGAAGACCUCACAGGAGGCUACUAUGACGCUGGUGACUUUGUCAAGUUCGGAUUCCCUAUGGCCUUCACAGUCACUACCAUAGCUUGGGGAGCUUUGGACCAAGAGGCAGGAUACACCAAAGCAAAUGCUCUGGAAGACGUUAGGAAAGCAAUUAAAUGGGGCACGGACUACUUCAUCAAGGCGCACGUGAGCCAGAACGAAUUGUACGGACAAGUAGGACAAGGAGAUGUGGACCACGCAUACUGGGGGCGUCCCGAGGACAUGACGAUGAGCAGACCAGAGGCAGGAUACACCAAAGCAAAUGCUCUGGAAGACGUUAGGAAAGCAAUUAAAUGGGGCACGGACUACUUC